CAGUCGAUUUCAUGCAACAUAUUGGUCAAUAAUCACAAAUUGCAAACCGCUAAUGAGUUUUGAUUGUUAUUGUGAGAACAGAAGACAAUGCUGGCGAAGUAGCCUUAUUAACCACUGCAAAUUAAUACAUUCCCAAUACACUGAUACCAUGCAGCUUCGAACCCAACGCGCGUUUAGGGUUUUAUCAAAUGAGCUUCAGCCGAUGGUGUAUACACCCAACCUUAAGAAUAGAGUUUGAAUGGUUAGUAUGUACUAAUACGAGGUCACAUGCAUUACCCUAAACUCUAAAUUUCAAAUUCUGAACUCUAAUUCUAAACCGCUAAACCCCUAAAUUUCAAAUUCUGAACUCUAAUUCAGUAAUUCAAAACCUCUAAACCCUUCAAAUCGAAGUAGUAAAUUUCAGCUUUGGUGGGCUCUUUGUGCAUGGCCCAUUUCCCUUUUCUUAAAUCCAUGUGCGAGCUGGGAUUUUAGUGGCCCCUUACAAAUUUCAGAGUCAUGGUUUCAGCAGGAUGAGUAUAAUUUGGUUGAAUGUGCAGAUGGUAGAAACUUGGAAGCUGGAAGUUUGCAUAGAUCAGAAGAGCUUGGCAUGUUUCGACUUAGUCGUCUUUUGUCCGACUUUGUUGAUUUAAGGUUUGAGGAUUCAAUUGAGUCCUCAGACAGCUCAAGGGAAGAAACUCUUCACGAGGUGUUAUUAAGAAGGAAAAAGCCUCCUUCUCGAUCCCCUCAGGAGAGAGCGCUUCGCCAAUUAGGAGUGGAGAGGACUGAUGUUUCUACUCUUGUGUCAACUAGUCGUCCACGCAGGAAUGGGUAUGCUCCGCUUCGCCUUUCUUUAUGAUCCUUAAAUUGGUGUCGUGGAAUGUUAGAGGUUUGAGGAAUACAGAGAAACAAUAUUCCAUCAGAGAUUUUCUUGCUCCUAUUCGACCUUCGAUUUUUUGCUUCCAAGAGACAAAACUUGAAAGUUGCACGGAUUCUAUUGUUGGGGUACUUGGUGGUUGCUAUGGAAUGGGCUGGGUUGACAAACCAUCAGUUGGUCUCUCGGGUGGUAUUUUGGUUGCUUGGGAUAAUCUGGUGUUUGAUCUAGAAUGUCAUUGGGUGGGGAGGUUUUGUUUGGUGACAGUGUUUACAUGCCGAGAUAAUGGUUUUAAGUGGGUGUUGAUUAAUGUGUAUGGACCUAAUGAUGGUAGUGAGCGUCAGGAUUUCUUUGAUGAAUUGACAUCGUGUUUAUCUUGGUGGUCAUUUCCUGCUUGUGUCGUGGGAGAUUUUAAUGUGGUAAGGUCUCAAGAUGAUGUUGUGGGGGGUCCAAGAAACCCUGUGGAUAUGGCAAUGUUUAAUGAUUUUAUUGAAGAGCACGCCCUCAUGGAUCUCCCUAUGCUUGGAUAUAAGUUCACGUGGUCAAAUCAACAUUCAAACCCUUCAUUAUCUCGCUUGGAUAGGGUGUUGGUCUCUUCUGAUUGGGAGAGUGAGUUUCCUCAAUGUUGUUUGAAAUCAUUUGUUAGAGUGAGUUCUGAUCAUUGUGCUCUUUUGUUGUCUGGUGGAGAGGACCGUGUUAUUCAUCGACCCUGGAGAUAUGAGUUCAUGUGGGCUGACCAUGAGGAUUUUGAGGGUCAGUUAUGCAAUUGGUGGGUUGAUGAGAUUGGGGGAUUUGGGGAUUUCUUCAGGUGUGCAAAGAAGCUAAAACAGAUGAAAGCUCACAUUAAAAAGUGGAAUAUAGAGGUCUUCAAGCAUGUGGAUCAAGAAAUUAGUUUCACUCUUCAAAAUAUUGCAGACUUUGAUUUCUUAGAAGAAGCUGGAGUCUGGUCAGAGGAAGAUAGAGUGCAACGUGAUAUGUUGAAGUGUCAUUUGGAUAGAUUGUGGAAGAGAAAGGAAAUUUCAUGGCGUCAAAAAUCUGGAGAGACUUGGCUCAAGUUUGGGGAUAAAAAUACUUCCUAUUUCCACAAGGUUGCUAACUUUAAUCGGAGGAGGAAUUUUUUGGAUAAUAUUUGGGUGAAUGACAUUCUUUGCUCGGGUCAAGAUCAACUGGCGGGUGCUAUUGUGUCCUAUUAUGAGUCUAUCUUUCAAGAGGCAUUUCCUAGAAGGCCUUUUCCCUUUGGUAUUGUGUUUCCGUCUCUUCCUCCGCAAGCAACAGACUUUUUGGUGAGAACAUUUGAUGAAGAUGAAGUGUGGAGGGUGAUUAAGAAAAGUAAAGGAGAACAUGCACCUGGACCUGAUGGUUUCCCAAUGGGGUUCUUUAAGAAGUUCUGGUAUAUCGUGAAAUCGGAUGUGGUGAAUGCUUUAAAAGAGUUCUAUGUGUCUGGGACUCUCCCAAAGAGCGUUCAUCACACCUUCUUGUGUCUUAUCCCGAAGAAAGAAGCUAUAAGUGAUAUUAGGGAUCUUAGACCUAUUAGUUUGGUAUCAAGCCUAUACAAGAUUCUUUCAAAGGUGCUUAUGGAAAGAUUAAAAGUUUUCAUGGGAGGCUUGGUGGCGGUGGAACAAUGUGCUUUUGUGGGUGGUCGGCAAAUCUUAGAUGCGAUACUUAUCGCAAAUGAGCUCAUUGACUCUAGGAAGCGUGCUCGAAAACCAGGAUUAGUUUUCAAAUUGGAUAUAGAGAAGGCAUAUGAUCAUGUAAAUUGGGAGUGCCUCUUUAUUGUUAUGAAGACUAUGGGUUUCCCCCCACCUUGGAUUAGGUGGAUUCGGGGGUGCAUCACUGCUGCUUCGUUCUCUGUUCUUGUGAAUGGGGAAGCUUCUGGUUACUUCUCAAGCAAAAGAGGGCUAAGACAAGGAGACUCUCUUUCUCCCUGUCUUUUCAUCCUGGUGAUGGAGGUUCUCUCAGGUAUUCUGAGGACUUUGCAGUCUCGUGGUUUGGUUGAGGGAUUCUUUAUGAAUGAAGAAUUGAGAAUGGGAGAGGUCACUCAUAUUCUCUAUGCUGAUGAUACGUUGUUAUUUUGUGAUGCAUCUGAAGACCAAGUUCGUUCUCUUCUCACAGCCUUACCUCUCUUCGAAACAAUUUCGGGUCUACGAGUGAACUUACAUAAGAGUUCCAUGAUGGUUGUUGGGGAGGUUGAGAAUCCAUCACGUUAUGCAGACAUUUUUGGAUGUGAGUUGAGUUCUCUUCCGACUACCUACUUAGGAUUGCCAUUGGGUUCCAGAGCAGCUUCUUUGACAGUUUGGGAACCAGUGAUUGAAAAAGUACAAGCUCGAUUAGCUUCUUGGAAGGCCAGAAUGCUAUCUUUUGGCGGGAGGUUGGUGCUUUUGAAAAGUGUUCUUUCUAAUCUCCCUAUAUACUUUCUUUCCCUCUUUAGGGCUCCGAGCUCAGUGAUUGCUAGACUUUUUUUUUUGAAAAGGAUUGCUAGACUUGAGAAGAUUUAUAAUGACUUUCUGUGGUCAGGGGUGUUUGAGACAAAACGAUUGCAUUGGGUGAAAUGGGAUAUUGUAAAGACUCCAAUUAUUAGAGGCGGUUUGGGAGUCUUGGAUCUUAGGUGUAUGAAUCGAGCUUUGUUGGGGAAAUGGGCUUGGAGAUUUGGGGUUGAGAGGGAUGCAUGGUGGAGGAGGUUGAUUGUUGCAAAGUUUGGACAAGGUAGGUCCGAAUGGAGACCAUGUUGGAAUUUGGGAGUGUAUGGUUGUUCUGUGUGGCGGGCAAUUGUUAACGAAAGCUCUUACUUUUGGAAGGUUGCCUAUGUCGAUCCUGGGGGUGGUUUUGGGGUGUCUUUUUGGCAUGAUUUUUGGGUUCCUGGGAAACUUUUGGUGAGUGAUUUCCCAAGGGUUGGGUUCGUAGCCCAAUCCUUGGAUGCCUUUGUGUCUGACAUGUUUUCUAUGGUUGAUAGGUCUUGGGAGAUUCCUCUCACUAUAUCUCUGAGGGGUGGAGCUGAAGCUGAACGUGUUCUUUUGAUGCAAACGUUGAAUGCUCUUCCUCAACUUUGGAUUACCACAGGGCCUGCACGUUUGGUUUGGCCUUUAGAGGCAUCUAUGGUCUUCUCGGUUCAUUCUUUCGCUACAAACCUUAUUGAGAGUAACUUUGGAGGUGACACUGCUUUCCCUUUCAAGUUGGUGUGGAAUCCUUGUGUGCCCUCAAAAAUAUGCUGCUUCCUUUGGAUGGUCUCUCAUGAGAAGAUUGCUACUGUGGAUAACUUGAGAAAAAGAGGGAUGAUUCUUCCGAAUUGGUGCUCUCUUUGCAAACAACAUGAGGAAUCGAUUUCACAUCUCUUUUUCUCAUGUCCAUUUGCAAUUGCCAUAUGGGAUAAUUUCAAAAAAGCUUUUGAUCUUCAUGGUCCUUACCUUCCUUUCAUUCGCCAAUUCCUCAUUGCUUGGCGAGGCUUGUGGUGUGACCCACGGUUCAGAGACUGCAUCAAGUUAUUGCCCCAUGCAGUGUGUUGGUACAUCUGGUUGGAGAGAAAUAAUAGGAUUUUCAGGGAUGUGGAGUCCUCCCCAAAAGAGAUUGGACAUAAGAUUGUUCUUAUAGUUGGACGAUGGUUACGAGCUUUUAGUCGCAUCUCAGAUAGACGCUUCCACCAGUGGAUGGUGAUCGGGACGAAGCACCUCAUUUGACCCUCACGUUCUUUCUUCUUUUUUAUUCUCGAGUUGGUUGUUUUUCUAUUGCUUAUUUUUUUUUUCUCUUCAUUGCUUGCUUGCUCUACUACUGGUUGAGCUGCUGACUUUUUAUUUUUUACCUUUGUACUUUCAUGAAUUGGUUAGUUUCUUAUAAUAUUCUCAUCAUUUAUAAAAAAAAAAGGAAGUAGUAAAUUUCAAAUGAUUUU